AUGUGUCUCCUGCCGUACCCGUUGCUGGUAAAACAACGUUCGACCAAGCGACAAAAGAUAGGAGAUCCAUCAUUUGAAGGCAUAUUGGAGGUAGUUGCCUCUCUCAAGCGAAACCAACGUAUCCCAGGAUCGUCAACUUUAACUGAUGCCCAGGAGCUGAAUUUACAAGAUAUCAUCUUUAGUUCUAACCCUAAUAAUGAACUGUUUGUCAUAGAGGAUUUGUAUCGAAUUGUCACCGAUCCCAAUCCCGAUCCCAGGUUUCUCAUAACUGGCACGUCGGGUGUAGGAUAUUUUGAACCGCCUCUACCUUCCCAAAACAUGGUACCUAGUCGUAGAGAGAGAAUAAACAUACAAAUUCAAGAAAAAAACAUUAAAUACGUCCGAACUGCACAGAAUCUUUCCAAUUAUAAUGAUGAUGAUGUGGUUAUCCGACCAACCGUGAAAAAUUUUGGUGCGGUAGAUUUAUUCGUUAUGCCAGAUUAUGUUUUUCAAAUUACGGUGUCUAAAAAACAUCCCAUCAAACAAAAAGAGCUAGUCAAAAUAAUUCCAAAUAUGUUAGCCUACAGAAGGGAUAGUAAUGCAAUAAUUCGACUUGUAUUCGUAGUUCCAGAUGACAUAUAUGAUGACUUCGAAUACCAGAACUAUGUAACGCCAAAGAAAAAUAUUGGAGACGAUCUUGAAGAAUUUAAGGAUGUCGAACGAUUAUCUCCGGUUCUCAAUAAUGUGGAACAAUGGGUUUUGAAAAUUGAUAUGUCUAUGCGUCAACAAGAGUGA